CGAGCUGUCGUCACAUGAUAUCUAACUGGUCUGCUUGGUCUGCUCUCUUCCAGGAGAGGACAUAGUCACGCCCGCGGCUGCGUGACAUCAGUGAAGUGCGAAGGAAAGAUAAAGGUUGAAAAGCCUAGAAUCCAACAAUUCAGGUGAAGCCGACAGCAGUCCUGGCAAGUUGUUUGAAAGACAAGCAGCCGGUAGAACCAUGAAGCUCCGAUACUUCCUCGGCUCUGUCUUCGCGACGAGUGCCUCGGCAAUAAUUCUCAUCUUGGUACUCUACCAUGUUCUUACUGGUCAGGGAGAACGUGUCAGUAUAGGAUGGUUUCUUGAAAAUACUUCACCGUACAUGUGGGCUACUCUUGGUAUUGGUCUGACUGUGGCACUUUCUGUCGUAGGUGCAGCUUUGGGCAUUCACACGACAGGAGUCUCUAUUGUUGGAGGAGGUGUCAAGGCACCCAGAAUCAAGACAAAAAACUUAAUUUCUGUUAUCUUUUGCGAGGCUGUAGCUAUUUACGGUCUGAUUACAGCCAUUGUAUUAUCUGGACUACUUGAUGAAUACAAUCCAGAUAAGUUGGAGGAGAACAUUGUUUUAAAAGGACAAAAUUUCAUGUCAGGGCACAUAAUGUUCGGCGCCGGCGUCGCAGUUGGAUUUGUGAAUUUGUUUUGUGGCAUUGCUGUUGGAAUUGUAGGCUCUGGUGCUGCUCUGUCUGAUGCUGCCAAUCCAGCACUUUUUGUUAAAAUUCUGAUUGUAGAAAUCUUUGGCUCCGCCAUUGGUCUUUUUGGACUUAUUGUCGGCAUUUACAUGACUUCAAAAGUUAAAAUGGGAAAUGAUUCUGGCUAAACGUCUCGUUUUACGUUGUCAGAUGCACAAAACUGAAAAGUACAUUUAUUAAGGAAAAAAAAAAAAACAAAAAAAAACAAAACGUCAACUAUUAU